UUCACCUGGACACUAACUAUGGGGUGGACAACUCUGUGGUUGUGUGUUCUCGCUCUGCCACUAACGAGCGCCAUCCAGGUGAAAGCCAGGAAAGCGCGCCAGUCCAACCAUGUGAACAGCAUCUGCAGCACCUGGGGCAGAGAGCACUUCAAGACCUUCGAUGGAGACGUGUACCAGUUCCCAGGGACGUGUGAAUACAACCUGGCCUCCGACUGCCACUCUGAGUCCUACCAGGAGUUCUCUGUGCACCUGAAGAGGAACGAGGCUACUGAGGCUGAGGGGAACCCUACGGUCAAACACGUAGUGGUCACUAUCAACGACCUGGUCUUCCACCUGACCAAGACUCAAGUCGCGGUCAAUGGAGAAAUUGUAACUCUGCCGUACUACAAUGGAGGAGUCCAACUGGAGAGGAAUGCAGUUUACACCAAACUCUACUCCAAGGUUGGCCUGGUUGUCAUGUGGAACGGAGAAGAUGCCGUCAUGGUGGAGCUGGACACGGAGUAUACCAACCGUACCUGUGGUCUCUGUGGAGACUUCAAUGGCCUUCCAGUCCACAAUGAGUUUGUUCAUAACGGUCGUAAAGUGAGCCCCAUUGAGUUUGGAAACAGACAGAAGGUCCACAGGCCCAACGAGGUUUGUGAAGACCCCUAUGAAGAGGAAGAGGAAGAUGAACCUGCAGACGUUCAGCCUAAAGAGGACACAUGCAAGGAGUUUCAUGCCCAGUGUGACCAGCUCCUGCGCUCACCAUUGUGGAGCUCCUGUGGUGCGGUCGUGAACGCUGAGCCCUACAUCCAGGCCUGUGUUCAGGACCUGUGUGGCUGCAGCAACACUUCUGAUAGCUUCUGUGUCUGCAGCACCCUGUCAGAGUACUCCAGACAGUGCUCCCACGCCGGGGGACAGCCACCCCACUGGAGAACAACAGCCUUCUGUGAGAAGCAGUGUCCGUUCAACAUGGUCUAUCUGGAGAGUGGCUCUCCCUGCAUGGAUACCUGUACCCACUCAGACACCAGCUCACUGUGUGAAGAACACCUGAUGGACGGCUGCUUCUGCCCUCACGGGACUGUGUUUGAUGACAUCUCAAAGAGGGGGUGUGUCACUCAGGACCAGUGUCAGUGCAAACACGACAAAGUUUACAACUCUGGAGAAGUAUUCAGACAGGACCGUGAGGAAUGUGUCUGUCAUCAUGGUCAGUGGUCCUGUAAAAGUCUACCCAGCCCUGCUACAUGUGCCGUUGAGGAGGGUUCACACGUGACGACCUUCGAUGGGAAAGCGUUCACCUUCCAUGGGGACUGUUACUACCCCUUAGCCAAGGUGGAAAGCAAGGAUGAAGUCAGUCCAAAGUUCACUGUACUGGUCCAGCUGGUUCCCUGUAUAAGACAGAAGUUUGACACUUGCCUCAAGAGUGUUGUGGUCUUGCUAAACAAUGAUAGAAACAACGCUUUGGUGAUUACCGCCGAUGGGAAAGUCAGCCACAAUGCACAGAUCACUCUGCCUUACAACACAGCUGACAUCAGUGUGUUCAAGCCGUCGUCCUUCCACAUGAUGCUCCAGACCAGCUUUGGGCUGCAGGUUCAGAUCCAGCUGGUCCCUAUCAUGCAGGUCUAUGUCACCCUGGACGAGAGCUACAAGACCAAGACACAAGGUCUGUGUGGGAACUUCAACAAGGUGCUGUCUGAUGACAUGAAGACCCCCCAGGGUAUGGUGGAGGGAACAGCCUCUUCAUUUGGGAACUCCUGGAAGGCUAAUCCUACCUGCAGAGACAGAGAGGAGAGGCUGGACGACCCCUGUUCCCUCAGCGUGGAGAAUGAGAACUAUGCUAAACAUUGGUGCUCCAUGCUAAGAAGUUCUGACAGCACCUUUGCCAAGUGCCAUGCCAUGGUGGACCCCGAGCUUUACUACAAGCGAUGCACGUACGCUAGCUGCAACUGUGAGAAGAGUGAAGACUGCCUGUGUGCUGUCUUCUCCUCUUAUGUGCGAGACUGUGCUACCAAGGGAGUGGUCCUGUCGGGCUGGAGAGAGAACGUGUGUGACAAAUACAUUGGUAACUGCCCAGCGUCUCAAACCUACUCUGACCAGCUCCAGAGAUGUCAGCUGACCUGUAGCUCCCUGGCCAGCAAAAGCCAGGGUUGUACCAACGACUUCCUCCCCGUGGAUGGUUGUUCUUGCCCGGACGGACUUUACAUGGAUGACAGGGGCACCUGUGUACCCAUGGACAAAUGCCCCUGCUUCCACAACGGGGUCCACAUCAAGCCUGGGAAGUCCAUCAACAUUCAGGAGGAACACUGUGUCUGCAACAAUGGGAAGCUUCACUGCCGUUCCUGGAAGAUGCGUUCAGAGAGUACCUGCCAGUCGCCGAAGGUGUUCGUGAACUGCUCCAAUGACCUGGGAGUACAGUGUACACGGAGCUGUAGGAACCCGGAUUUCAUGGACUGUUUCUCCGCAGAGUGUGAGUCUGGGUGCAAGUGUCCCACGAGUCUGUGGGAGGAUGGGAAAGGCAUGUGUGUGAAUAAACAUGAAUGCCCAUGCAGCCAUGACGGAUUCCUCUACGCCCCAGGAAAACAGAUCCCAAACGGAUGUAACACUUGCACCUGUAAGAGUGGGAAAUGGGAGUGCACAGAUAAGAAGUGCCCAGGAACCUGUACCAUCUACGGCAGUGGCCAUUACAAAACCUUUGAUGAGCGCACGUAUGGCUUCCAAGGAAAAUGUGGCUAUGUGGCUGUCCAGAACAAAUGUGGGAACCGGCCUGUCCAGGACAAAUUCAUGGUGAUCACAGAGAACAUACCGUGUGGAACCACAGGCACCACUUGCUCCAAGUCUGUCAGGGUUCAACUGGGGAGAACAGAGCUGAAGCUAUCAAAGGGAACCCAUGAAGUGGUGGACCUAGAAGUGGGCUCUCAGAUCCAGUACCGAGUGAGGACAGUCGGUCUGUACCUGAUUGUUGAGUCAGACAUCGGGAUCGCAGUGCUGUGGGACCGUAAAACUACCGUCCGCAUCGUCCUGGAGCCACAGCAUAGUGGAGCAGUGUGCGGCCUGUGUGGGAACUAUAAUGGAGAAGGCAGAGAUGACUUCACCACACAAGGUCAGAUGAUAGUCAGCAGCCCUGUGGAGUUUGCUAACAGCUGGAAAGUGUCAAGCACUUGUCCCGAUGCAGAAAGCAACGUGGACCCAUGUGGAGCCAGACCCAACCGUCACAACUGGGCUAAGAUGCAGUGCAGCAUCAUCACCGGAAAGACUUUCCAACUGUGUCACAAGAAGGUAGACCCUAGUCUGUACUUUGAGAACUGUGUGAAAGACUCCUGUGCCUGUGAUACUGGCGGAGACUGUGAGUGUUUCUGUACAGCUGUAGCAGCCUACGCCCAGGCCUGCACCGAAGCUGGAGUCUGUGUUGCAUGGAGAACACCAGAAAUUUGUCCUGUGUUCUGUGACUACUACAACGAUCCAGGUGAAUGUGAAUGGCAUUACAGCCCUUGCCACACACCUUGCUUCAAGACCUGUCUGAAUCCAAAUGGGACCUGUGACAACCCUCUUCCCAAUCUGGAAGGUUGUUACCCACAAUGCCCUCCAGAUAGGCCAAUAUUUGAUGAAGAGACCGGGGAGUGUGUUGAGGAAUGCCCACCAACAGGCCCAUCAACAACAACCCCCCAGGCAACCACACCAACACCAACAACAACACAGUGGACACCAACAACUACCACAUUGACAACAGAACCUCCAACAACAACACCAAUAAUGACACCACUACCACCAACAACAACAACACCAAUACCACCACCAACAACAACACCAACACCAUCAACAACACCAACACCAUCAACAACACCAAUACAAACAACAACAACACCAACAACAACAACUCCAAUUCCACCAACAACAACAACACCAAUACCACCAACACCAUCAACAACACCAAUACAAACAACAACAACACCACCAACAACAACAACUCCAAUUCCACCAACAACAACAACACCAAUACCACCAACACCAUCAACAACACCAAUACAAACAACAACAACCACACCAAUUCCAACAACACCAUCAACAACACCAAUACCAACAACAACAACAACAACACCAAUACCACCAACACCAUCAACAACACCAAUACAAACAACAACAACAACAACAACACCAACAACAACUCCAAUUCCACCAACAACAACAACACCAAUACCACCAACACCAUCAACAACACCAAUACAAACAACAACAACACCACCAACAACAACACCAACAACCACACCAAUUCCACCAACACCAUCAACAACACCAAUACCAACAACAACAACAACACCAAUACCAACAACAACAACACUACCACCAACAACUACCACACCAUUACCACCAACAACAACCACACCUAAACCACCAACUACAACAGAAGCCAUAACUCUAACCACAACCCCAACGACAACAGAAGAACCAACCACAACCCCCAGGACAACUGAAAAACCAACCACAACCCCAACGACAACAGAAGAACCAACCACAACCCCAACAACAACAGAAGAAUCAACCACAACCCCCAGGACAACUGAAAAACCAACCACAACCACCCCUGUCAUAGAUACCACAACCACUAAAGCUCCUACAACAACACCUAAACCACCAACUACAACAGAAGCCACAACUCCAAUGACAACCACAUCACCAACAACCCAUGAAUCGGUUGUCACUGGUCCUCCAAUAACACCAGAACAUCAAGUCAGUUCAAUACCAACCACAACUGGGUCACCAACCCCUCCACCAAUCACUUGUCCUGAGUGGGACAAAGUGCAAAAUGAAACUUUCUGGCUCUGCAACUGCACUUUGGCCAGAUGCAUUGAAAACAACACCAUUGAGAUAAUUCCGUAUGAAUGCCCAGAGCCUGAGCCAAUCACAUGUACCAAUGGCAAGAAACCAGUGCUACAAUGGGAUGAGUUCUACUGCUGCCAACGAUUCGUGUGUGACUGCGUCUGUGAGGGUUGGGGAGACCCCCAUUACAUCACCUUCGACGGGCUCUUCUACAGCUUCCAAGGGAACUGUACCUAUGUGCUGAUGGAGGAGAUGUUGCCGCGUCACCACUUCAAGAUCUACAUCGACAAUGUCAACUGUGAUCCCACCGAAGACGUGUCUUGUCCUCGAUCCAUCAUCGUGUCCUACCGCUCAACAGUUAUAACACUGAAGAAUCACAACCUCAUUGGAGCUGCUCAGUUGGAGGCUCUUAUUGAUGGAGUCCUGAGACUACCCUUCACGCGGCACGGUGUGAAGGUGAUGAGCUCUGGUAUCAACAUGGUCUUGGAGAUAGCACACCUCCAGGUGGUAGUUACCUUUGGAGUCACUGGCUUCAGCGUCAACCUUCCUUGGCAACACUUUGGCAACAAUACACAGGGUCAUUGUGGAACAUGUAGCAACAACCAGGCUGAUGACUGCAUGUUGCCUGGAGGUCAGCUGGUGGAGAACUGUGCUGUGAUGGCAGACUACUGGCCAGCCAAGGACCUCUACCAACCUGAAUGCCAUGUGCCACCUGGAAUCCCCACCAACUCUCCUCUCCCUGAACCCACACAGAAGCCAUGCAAGCCAGACUCCUCUGUCUGUGAUCUCCUGAAGGACAGCAUUUUUGCAGCCUGUCAUCCAUUUGUCUCACCUGACAACUUCUACAAGGGCUGUGUCUAUGACAGCUGCCAUGUGUCCAACCCAGCGGUGGAGUGCACCAGUCUGCAGACAUACGCUGCUGCCUGUGCCCAGUUCGGAGUAUGCAUCUACUGGAGAAACCACACCGAGCUCUGUGCCAGCGACUGUCCAGCUGACAAAGUCUACAAGCCCUGCGGUCCUGCAGAACAGCCAACCUGUGAUGACAAUCCAGACGAGUCUAGGAUGAACUUCACCACAGAAGGCUGCUUCUGUCCUGAUGGGAUGAAACUCUUCAACAAGGACUCAGGGAUCUGUGUUGAUAAGUGUGGAUGCAUUGACCCCGAAGGAGUUCCACGAGAGUUCAACGAGAGGUUUGAGUACAAGUGCCAGGACUGCGUUUGUUUGGAAUCCACCAAGACUGUGAACUGUAAACCCAAGGUCUGCUCCAAACCACCAGUAGAGUUAUGCACUGGACCAGGCUUUGUAUAUGUCAACCAAACCGAUCCAUCCGAUCCAUGCUGCUCCAACCUCGCCUGCCGUUGUGACAGCAGCACUUGCCCACCUACCAACAUGAACUGUCCUAUUGGGUUCGUGCCAGUGGUUUCAGUCCCUGAGGGGAAAUGCUGUCCAGAGCACACAUGUGAGCCUAAAAGAGUUUGUCUUCACAAAGGCGUUGAAUACCUGCCCAAUUCUAAAGUACCGGGAUCAGAGUGCCAGGAGUGCACCUGCACCAACAAAGUGGACCCCAAGUCUGGUCAUUACCAAAUUGACUGUGGAUUCAUGCAAUGUGACGAAGAUUGUGAAAAGGGAUAUGAGUACCAGGAGCCAAACUACUCCUCAGAUGACUGCUGUGGUAAAUGUGUUCAGACCCACUGUGUCCUCCAGAUCAAUGGGACCAAGCAGUUGUUGAAGCAUGGAGAUACAUGGUCUGCUCCUGGUGACAAGUGCCAGCAGUACAGCUGUGUGAAAAACGGUGAUAGUUAUCUGACCCAGAGCUCCAACAUCCAUUGCCCGCCCUUCCAGCAGGCCAACUGCCAGCCUGGUUCAAUUCAGACCGCUGCAAACGGCUGCUGUAGAAUUUGUGUGGAGAAGGACAAGGCCUGUAAGGUAGGAUCCAUGAAGAGUUUCAUCAACCACAAGAGCUGCCAGUCUGUUGAGGAGGUGGAGAUGCCGUACUGUGAGGGAUCCUGCAACACCUUCACCAAGUACUCUGCCAUGGCUGCGUCUCUGGACCACUCCUGUGCCUGUUGCCAGGAGUCCCGGUCCAGUAACCGCACGGUGGACCUACGGUGUCUGAAUGGAGAUGUGGUGCCCUACACCUACCUACACGUGGAGGAGUGUAGCUGCAGACACAGCGACUGCAACAGGGCCAUUAGGGUGCCUGCCCGCAGGACACGCAGCAACACACUGGUGUAAAUGGGAUCUGUACUAAUACAGAUGGGAGUGGUCCAGCACCAAUCCACUCGCUGCUUACUAAGGAACACCCUGCUACCCUGCUUCACACGGCUGUUAUUUAUCUAAUCGCUUUGAUUUAUAUGUCAAAUGUAGAUUAAAUCAUAUUUAAAAUGUAGAAAUGUAUGCUUACUUAUCUUAUUAAAAUGCAACCUUCAAAUA